AUGGCUAGAAAUUCUGAUGAUAUGUUUAAUGAGGCUUUGUAUGACAAAAGAAGACGACAAGAUAACACACUCAUAGAUAAUUGGAUCGAUGAGUGUUUACUCGAAGAUUCAAAAAAAGAUAUCGAUAGAAGCUCUAUCCCAACUCCUCGUAGAUGGAUCAACAGAUAUCGAGAAGCAGGACAUGAUCACCUUUUUCAAAAUUAUUUUGCAGAUGAACUGGUGUAUAAUGCUGAUAUUUUUAGGGUUGAUGCAACUGGAAGAAAAGGCUUGUCACCACUUCAAAAAUGUACCGCUGCGAUACGGAUGUUAGCAUAUGGCGUAGCAACUGAUGCCGUUGAUGAUUAUGUGUGCAUAGGCAAGAGCACUACAAUUGAAUGCUUGGAAAAAUUUGUUGAAGGUAUCAUUUCGGUGUUCGAGGAUGAAUACUUGCAAAAACCAAAUCCAAAUGACAUACGACGCCUGCUAUAA